AAUCGCACUGCUAUGAACUCUCUCCUUCCGCUACAAUCACCGUCCCGUGCCGUUUUGUGAUCGCCCCGCCCCGAUGCUUCACAGCCUCCGCCCGCGGCCCUCCCUCGAUGAUGCCGCCGCCUCCUCCUCCUCCUCCAUGAGAUCCAAGCGCCCUGGCCGCGAGCCUUCAUCCUCCUCCUCCACCGUCGCCGGCGCCGCCACGCCCCCCUCCGACCUCGACGACGGCCGCGCAGCCAAGAAGCUCCUCCAGCAACCGGAGGCCGAACCUCCAGCCACCGUCGCUGCCGCUUCCGCCGAGGAGUCGGCCUCGGACGGCGGCUCCCUUGGCGAGGAAUCCCGCGGACUCCGCCUCCUCGGCCUCCUUCUCCGCUGCGCCGAGGCGGUCGCCGCCGACCAGCUCUCCGAGGCCCACGACCUCCUGCCCGAGAUCUCCGAGCUCGCCUCCCCUUUCGGCUCCUCCCCCGAGCGCGUAGCUGCCUACUUCGCCGACGCCCUCCGCGCUCGCAUCGUCAGUUCCGUCCUUAGCGCUUACUCCCCGCUCGCUGCCACAGCCGCCGAUGCCGCCGCCGCCACGCAGCGCCGCAUCUCGCAAGCCUUCAACUACUACAACGCCAUCUCUCCCCUCGUCAAGUUCUCCCACUUCACCGCCAACCAGGCCAUCUUCGAAGCCCUCGACGGCGAGGACAGCGUCCACGUCAUCGACCUCGAUAUUAUGCAGGGACUCCAGUGGCCGGGCCUCUUCCACAUCCUCGCCUCCCGAUCAGACGUCAAGCUCCGUUCCCUUCGCCUCACGGGCGUUGGAUCCUCCAUCGAGCUCCUUGAGGCCACCGGCCGCCGACUCUCCGAUUUCGCCGAGGCGCUUGGCCUUCCCUUCGAGUUCCGCCCCUUGGAGGGUAAGAUCGGUCACCUCGCCAAUUCAGCCGCCCUCCUCGCCCCCCGCCACCACCGCGAGGCCACCGUCGUCCACUGGAUGCACCACUGCCUCUACGAUGUGACCGGCUCCGACACCGCCACGGUUCACUUCCUCAAGCAGCUCCGCCCCAAGCUCAUCACCAUCGUCGAGCAGGACCUCUGCCACCGCGGCGGCUUCCUCGGCCGCUUCGUCGAGGCGCUGCAUUACUACUCGGCCCUCUUCGACGCCCUCGGAGACGGAACGGCUCCGGAGAGCGCCGAGCGACACGCCGUAGAGCGCCAGCUACUCGCGCUCGAGAUCCGCAACAUCGUAGCGGUGGGCGGCCCAAAGAGGACAGGCGAGGUGAAGGUGGAGCGGUGGGGCGACGAACUAAGCAAAGUCGGCUUCCGCCGCGCGUCCCUCGCCGGCAGCCCAGCCGCCCAAGCCAACCUCCUCCUCGGCAUGUAUCCAUGGAAAGGCUACACCCUCAUCGAGGAGAACGGCUGCUUGAAGCUCGGCUGGAAGGACCUCUCUCUGCUCACCGCCUCCGCCUGGCAGCCGCCCAACAACCUCAAAGAAAACGAAAAAAUCCAACACAUCUCAUAAAGAGAGAGAGAGAGA